AUGUACUAUUCAGAAGAAAUUGGUCUUCCCAAGACGGAUCCUACUCGAUGGAGAUUACGCUCAUCACCACUAGGUAGUGAAACCUGGCACUAUAUCACUGAUGAUGAAGAAUUGGCCAAGGAACCGCAAUCAACAUUUGUUCAAUGGUUAUUGGAAUCACCAGACUUUCCUGCUCCAGAACCAAGUGAUAUCAAAACACCAGGAGAAGCCAUGGAAAAAGGAGCAGAUUUUCUUAGACUACUUCAGUUGGAUAACGGGAUAUUACCUUGCCAAUACAAAGGUCCAAUGUUUAUGACCAUUGGAUACCUUGCUGCAAAUUACUUUAGUGGAACGCCUAUCCCCGAUCCAUACAGACAUGAAAUGAUUCGAUAUAUCGUAAACACAGCUCAUCCAGUCGAUGGUGGCUGGGGGUUACAUUCAAUCGACAAAAGUACUUGUUUUGGUACAACCAUGAAUUAUGUAUGUCUCAGAUUAUUAGGUAUGGAUCCAGACCAUAUUGUCAUGCAAAGAGCCAGAAGGACAUUACAUAAAUUAGGCGGUGCCUUGGGUAAUCCACAUUGGGGGAAAUGUUGGUUAGCUGUGUUGAAUUUGUAUGAAUGGGAUGGUGUUAAUCCUGCCCCUCCUGAAUUAUGGACAUUGCCUUACAGCUUAAUCAUACAUCCUGGAAGAUGGUGGGUCCAUACAAGAGCGAUCUACUUACCCUUGGGUUAUGUUGUUGCAAACAGAGUGAAGUGCACUCUUGAUCCAUUGUUGGAACAAAUCAGAAAUGAAAUUUAUUUACCCAAACAGUUACCUUAUGAAUCUAUAAAGUUUAGCAAGUACAGAAAUAAUGUUUGUGGGGUUGACUUAUACUAUCCAACCACAAAAUUACUUGAUUUUGCAAACACAGUAUUGUGUCAAUGGGAAAAACUUAGACCCAACUGGAUUCUCAACUUGGUGAACAACAGGGUUUAUGAUUUAAUUUUGAAGGAAUACUACAAUACCGAAUAUUUAUGUAUUGCUCCUGUGAGUUUUGCAUUCAACAUGGUUGUGACAUGCCAUAGAGAAGGUAACGAAUCGGCCAAUUUUAAAAAAUUAACCGAUAAAAUGAAUGAUGUCUUGUUUCAUGGUCCACAGGGUAUGACAGUUAUGGGAACAAAUGGGGUUCAGGUUUGGGACGUUGCUUUUAUGGUUCAAUAUUUUUUUGUUAGUGGAUUGGUAGACAACCCUAGAUACCACGACAUGAUUAGAAAAGGGUAUAUGUUCUUGGUUAGAUCUCAAUUUACUGAAGAUUGUGUUGAGGGAAGCUUCAGAGAUAAACGUAAAGGUGCAUGGCCGUUUAGUACCAAGGAGCAAGGAUACACUGUCAGCGAUUGUACUGCAGAAGCAAUGAAGGCUAUUAUUAUGGUUAAGAAUCAUUCUGCUUUCUCAGAUAUUCAUGAUGAAAUUACCGAUGAAAAGUUAUACGAUGCAGUCGAAGUGUUGUUAAACAUUCAAAAUACCGAGAGCUAUGAAUUUGGAUCGUUCUCGGCUUACGAAAAGAUUAGAUCAACUUUACUUUUGGAAAAACUUAACCCUGCCCAAGUUUUCAAUAAUAUAAUGGUUGAAUAUCCUUAUGUUGAAUGUACAGAUUCCUCUGUCCUCGGCUUAACCUAUUUCCACAAAUAUUAUCCCAACUAUAAAUCUAGUCUUAUUGAAUCAACAAUUGAAAAUGCUAUAAAUUACAUUAAGAAAGCCCAAGACACUGAUGGUUCAUGGUAUGGAUCUUGGGGAAUUUGUUAUACUUAUGCAGCCAUGUUUGCUUUGGAGGCAUUCAACGCUGUAGGACUCGAUUACGAGACAUCUCGCAAUGUACAGAAAGGGUGUGAUUUCCUCGUGUCUAAACAACUAUCCGAUGGCGGUUGGUCAGAGUCAAUGAAAGCUUGCGAAACCCAUACUUAUGUGAACGGACCCAAGUCGCUUGUUGUACAAACUGCAUGGGCAGUGAUUGGACUAUUAUUAGCCAAUUAUCCUGAUGAAAGACCGAUAAAGAAAGGUAUUAAAUUUUUGAUGGAUAGACAAAAACCAACGGGUGAAUGGGAGUUUGAAGAUAUUGAAGGUGUGUUCAAUCACAGUUGUGCAAUUGAAUACCCUUCUUAUAGAUUCUUAUUCCCUAUAAAGGCUUUGGGAUUAUAUAAGAAGAAUUAUGGUGAUAUAAUUUAG